ACGUAGUGCCAGCUUGUGUCAGAGCCUUGACCCAGAUGCUCUACUGUCCGUACUGCCGCGGCAUGCCUGGGCUGAAGCCCUGUCGCAAUUACUGCUACAACGUUAUGAGGGGCUGUCUCGCAAACCAGGCGGAUCUGGACGCUGAAUGGAACCUGUUCAUCGAUGCCAUGUUGCUGGUCGCAGACAGACUGGUGGGACCUUUCAACAUUGAAGCAGUUAUAGAGCCAAUUGAUAUAAAAAUUUCGGAGGCUAUUAUGAUGAUGCAGGACAACAGCAUGCAAGUGUCAGCCAAGGUUUUUCAAGAGUGUGGUCAACCAAAGCCUUCAGCAAUAGGCAGGUCUGCACGGGGCAUCUCAGAUGUAUUUAGUAGUCGCUUUAGACCCUUUACCCCCGAACAGAGACCGACCACAGCAGCUGGAACAAGCCUGGAUAGACUGAGGGCUGUCUGGAAGACAAUGCAACACAGUGUGAUUGACAUCAAAGAGAAGUUAAAGGAGUCCAAGAAGUUCUGGUCCAAAUUACCAGAUGACAUCUGUGCCGAAGGCAAACUGACAGAGUCUGACGAGGAACAGUGCUGGAACAGCCACACAAAGGGCAGAUAUUUCCCUGAGGUGGUAAAGGAGGGCCUCACCAACCAGGUGAACAAUCCAGAAGUGAUUUUGGACAUCACCCGACCGGACACACUGAUUCGGCAGCAGAUAAUGGCUCUACGAGUCAUGACCAACAAGCUAAAGAAUGCCUACAAUGGAAAUGACAUCUCCUUCCAGGACUCCAGUGACGAGGGCAGUAGCUCGGGAAGCGGCAGCGGCUGCUCUGACGGCUGCACGACAGAGUUUGUUUUUGUGGGGACAGAAGCUCCCGUGAUUAGAGCCGACAGAAGUGACGAACGGGCUGCAGCUGCUGCUGCGGGCCAGUCGCUCUCCUGUGGACCCUCCACCGUCCUGGUGAUGGCUGCCCUCACACUCCCACUCUGGGCAGUACAGACUCAAUGGAGAUAAUACAGUGUGACCUGAUCAUUGACUCUUCUACUGUUAAGUGUAACAGUAUGUCUUACAGCAAGUUAUACUGCUGUUCCGUCACUGGACAUGUAGAACCUCCCGGAAACAUGUCUAGAAUGACUGACUGUGUGGUGUGGUAGGGCUGGAAGUGAGUGCAGCGCUGAAUCCUGCUUGUCCCCCAAAGAAUGCUCGGUGCCAUCAGUGAACCAGCUUUUACCAUCUCUGAAAUAAAAACGAAAAUGUGGUGUUUUCUCAUCAUUCUAAAGUGAGCUUCGAAAAACAUGCUUCUCGUUUAGGAAACAAAACUAUCUUAAGGCGGUUCUAUCAGUGAUUUUGCAGAUAAAGGGAAACCCUUUAUUUCUUUUCCUUUGUGUGAUGAAGUGAAAAGAAGACAACACUGUUUUUAUCUUAUUAGUUAUCUUUCCCUCAGACAAAAAUCAGAAAAAAUUUCUGUGUGCAUGCAUGGGUGUGAUGUAAACAGACAAAACAUUGUUUCGUUCUGCUUUUCUUUAUUUAUUCCGAUUUUAUUUUGUGUUUCCAGGCUCCAUAGUUUUAGGUUUGUUUGCACAGGGCCAUGCAGCCUGAACAGGUCACUCAGUUUCCUCCUUGGUCACAUCAUUGUGGCUUGAGGGAACGGUGGGUCUUAAGGCCACUUUGUUGUUGCACAUGUGAUUAUCUUUACGAAAGUGCUAAAGUGCUGCACUAAGGGCACUACUUUGCACAGAUGAUUUUAUCGGCUUGUUUAUUAAGCUGCAAGAGGCACCCAUCAUAUAGAGAAAAAAAGAUUUAUAUUUUCAGAUCAUUUAAACUGAUUGUAUUGUUCUUUAAGUGGAUACAGUAUGUAGUUAACAGGAUUGUACUUUAAUGUAAUCUUACAGGUUAAAGCUACAUCUUUAUAAAUAUAUGUGUUUUAUUUCAUUUUACGUUACAACAAUGUUUUAGCAACAAUAUCAAGCCAUUAUACUGCAAAUGCCUGCUAAGAUUGUUAAACUACCUGAUUUAUUCUCUUUUUUCCAGAGUCAUUAACAUGCACUAACACAUUUAUUUUCACCUUCGGAAGACAGAAAAGAGGCAUACAGAUAGAUAUAUGGCAAAAAUCCCUAAAUUUCAUUUAUUUCCCUGGAUUCCACCAAUAUGAUUAUGCACAACGCAGAAAUUUGCAUGUUUUUUGUUUGACUGGCAACAGCAAACCCUGGAACCUUGCAGCUUUUUGUAAGUGGUCAUGUACUUUAACAUGGCAUGUACAAUGUCACCUCCAAAGGUAGAGGACUGCCAAGGUUAGAGGGCUCUGAGAAGUCAAAGAACUGGGGUUACUAUACAUACCCUUCAGUCUGUCUCCUACAGGCUUUGACCUUUAACAGGCUGUAGAGGCUUAGUGUGCAAAGCAAAUAACCUGCACUCCAGAAACACAGCGCCUGAGACCCCCGGUCAUACAGAAAAGGUUAGCCUUAGAAAGAUUUUGCAGGCCUGCUGCUAAAAUUAACAAUGGAAAAACUGUUCGAAAAUGUCUCACAAAAGAUGAAAAAUGUCACGCUCACGUGUGUUUCUGCAGGAUCCAAAACCAGCCAGGUCACGAACACUUAAACUGUUUCCACAUUACAAAAGUCCCUUAUCACGGCAGGGACCUCUCUCCAAAUGCAUCACUGUAACAAAUUAACAGCUCCUCUGAGUGUCUCGCAGAGGCCAUGUUUGUCCCGUAGCAUAGGAAGACGUGCAUGGGACAAACAAGUUUUCUCCUCACACAACGGCAAUGCAGGAUGAGAAUGAAAAAAACGGCUUCGAGCACAAAGUUUACGCCAGCAUCACAGCUGAUUGCACUCAGAGCACCAGAAGGGAAAUCUGUCCUCAGUGUGCGUCAGUGACUCACAACCGAGGCCCCAAGCGCCGCAGGAAGCUCCUGCUACACAACAGUUGACCUCUAUGACCUCUCUCCUCGCAAAAACCUAUUUAGGAGAAGGUGACUGAAUAGCACCCUCCCACCAAAACCAGCAUGGCAUGAUUAAAGCACCGAUGCGUGAACCUUAAUUGUAGAAUGCAACAGGCCAAGGCCUGAGGAAAGACAUCGCAGUGAUUAACAUAAGGCCCUCCUCAAUGUCAAACUGUCCAGAAGUAAAUCGGUGCUACGAGAGAUGGAAAUCCUAUUCCUACUGAACUGCUACUGAAGCACUUUUUUUUUGGGGGGGGACUAAAUAGAUCAGCCAAAUUAAACUGGUAAAAUACCAAUAAAUCUAAAUGGUUCAGUUGAUAGUAAAAUAAAAAAAUUGGGCAAUUAGUAAAGUUUCCAAUUCUCUGAAAGAUGAAAAACAAAAAAAGGGGACAGGGUAUUUACACAUGUAGUCAACAGUUUGCUCUUCACCUCAGUUUUUAUUUUGGAUCAUCAUAUCUAUUUUAUUUGUUCUUGUAAAUACACCUUCCUGCAUUUCAAGCAUACAACUCAAAAAGUUGGGAUAAUUUAGGUUUGUUGAUGGACCAGUUCUUUGUUUCAAAGACGUAACCGGCUUUGGUGCUAAAAUGGCAAAAGAAAAUCAUUCUAAGGAAAUUUAUAAAAGUGAAAAUAAAGUUACAAAUGGAAGCAGUCGUAAUGCCAUUACGAAAAGAUGGGCAGCUGAAUUUAGAGGACUAGGGCCUGUGUAUGUGGGUCACAUGCUUUGUCACUGGCAGGUUUGAUAAACGUUACCAGUCCCCUUUUGUAAACCCGAAGGACACAUCGCUGUUUUUCUGAUGCAUAUUAUGUUUCCGUCUAAAAUGUUAUGUGUAGUUUCCUGCUGAAGAGUGUUGUGAUGCUGGAGUUUUAGGCUACUUCUGUUUGCAAGCUCAAAUAUUGACACAUGGCAGUAUUUCUUAAAUAUCCUUUGAACUUUCUUAAAACUGCCAUGCUUUUGGUUAGCCAGUGAAUGAGUAUAAAAUGGAUUGUGAAUCACACACACUUUUUAGUACUUUAUGGCUUCCAGAGAUGGAGAGAAGUGGUAGUCUUAAGCACUUUCUAACCAGUAGAUCUCUAGAUCUAGGAAUCUAAUGGGACUAAAAAGACGUGAUGCAUGAGGGACAAGAUGCGCCCACAUCUGCUCCACCAAUGUUAUUGGAGCAUGAGGAAGAGGAGGAGGCCACCUUCAGCUCUUUGGUCUUGUUAUUCCUGUACAGUUUCCACUGGGUCAGUGAAUCCCAGUUUGAUUGACUGAACAUUUCAUGGAAAUUUCAGUGAACAGUACAAGGGUGACUUGGCAAGGCCCCUUCCAAUGCCAGUGCCUGAAAACCUUACACAUAAACACAUCUGACCCACCUCUCAAACUCUAAAAUAGUUUCUAUGCAGAAGUCGGUGCUGGAAAUUGCCCUACACUUUGAUGAGGGAAAAGCUCCCACCAUCUAGCUGUGUUAGGCAUUGGUAACAACAACCAAUCUGAAAUUCUUUAUUAAAAAAAUACCGGCAGAAGUUUUUUUUUUUUAUUUGGUCAGAGUGAUGAGAAACAUCCAUCGGAAAGUCUUAUAAGUAUGCUGAUUGUUGAGUCCGCUGUGAUGCUCAAAACUGACUUUUUUUUUUACAUGACUAUAACAGGAAAUUUUUUUUUAUUUUUUUGAGCAACGAUCUAAUGAAAAGGCCUGAGUUUUGUUUAAUCUGUUUUGCUGGUAAUGCGCAAACUUUGUGUUAUUUUAUUAUCACUUUUUUAAAGUUUCGCAUUGUUCACCAAGGCAGGGAGAGCAGGGAGAAACACCACUAGGUUUACAGGAAUCCAUUACAUUGAUGACUUUAUGCUUGGCGAAUCAAAGUUACAUUGAUCUGUACUGUUCACAUGGUGAUAUCAUUUAGUCAAUAACAAAUUUAGUUUUAAAUUGUAAACAAAAAAAAUAGCAGAGGUAGGUAUCGUUGAGUGAGGCCCUGAAGCGACACAGCACAAACUAAAGAGUGUUGUGAUGCUGAAGAUUUAGGUUAUUUCAAAUAGCAAAGAUUUUCACAAGGUACUGCAAAAAAAAAAAAAAAAGUUUUUUCCUUAAGUUUCCUGUACAUUCUCUUAAAGCGUCCCUUCUUGAUAACAAAGGCAGAAAGUCAGCAGAUU